GCAGAGCAGAGAGUGGAGAGAGAGACUUCCGGCCAGCUCAUCUUCGGCGUAACUAAGUGGACUCUGCCGCUGUAUUUGUCGUUAUGGUGCUGCUUACUAUGAUUGCCCGUGUUGCCGACGGUCUCCCGCUUGCAGCUUCAAUGCAGGAAGAUGAGCAGUCUGGACGGGAUUUGCAGCAAUACCAGAAUCAGGCUAAACAGCUCUUCCGGAAACUGAAUGAACAGUCACCAACCCGAUGCACUCUGGAGGCGGGUGCUAUGACAUUUCACUACCUAAUUGAGAAGGGUGUGUGUUAUUUGGUUCUUUGUGAAGCAGCCUUCCCUAAAAAGCUGGCAUUUGCUUACCUUGAAGAUCUGUUUUCUGAAUUUGAUGAACAGCAUGGGAAAAAGGUGCCCACUGUGUCGCGUCCCUACUCUUUCAUAGAGUUUGAUAAUUAUAUUCAGAAAACAAAGAAGUCCUACAUUGAUAGCCGAGCAAGGCGAAACCUUGGUUCCAUAAAUACUGAGCUUCAAGACGUACAAAGGAUUAUGGUUGCGAACAUUGAGGAAGUACUACUUCGUGGCGAAGCUCUAUCUGCAUUAGAUUCAAAGGCAAGCAACCUUUCAACCUUGUCAAAGAAGUAUCGUCAAGAUGCAAAGUACCUGAACAUGCGCUCCACGUAUGCCAAAAUUGCUGCAGUAGCGGUUUUCACUGUAAUGCUGAUUGUGUAUGUUCGGUUUUGGUGGUUGUGAACAUCUGGAGAAUAAAAAAAAAAUAAUACUGUGAAAAUGAA